AUGACCAACAUAUCAUUUGAUAGCACAAACUCAGGGUUCCAAGCAGGGAUAGUUCGAGGGUCUGUUCAUAUCACACAAGAACCACCAAUCAGUGCCCUGGGAUUAGCCGGUCUUUUCAACAUCUCUCUAGAGAUCGUUGAUAAGCUGGACUCGUGGGAAAAUUUUAGGAGCGAGCACCGUCCCCUAGCUGCCCGGUUCAAAGCUCUCAAAUCUCAACUGGAAUCAUGGGGCCAGGUUGUGGGUUUCGAUAAAAGUGGUCCGACCUUAUCACAAGGACACGCCGAUCUUCUUGAUGACCAGCAAGUUUCCAGCAAAAUUCAAGACCUUCUUGAAGCCAUCGGAGAUAUUUGCGGUUAUGAUGAGAAUAAUACUCUAGGAUCAAGGCCAAUCUCGAAUGGAAAUGGUCAGGGCUGCAACCCAGUCGUUUCUAGCGGACGAAAUUUUGGAUUGGCAUCUGAUGGCACAGUGAAGCGACAAGCACAAUUUCAGCAGCUAUCAUCCAUAGUGACGGAUCUUCAUAGAUUGAUUCCCAUGAGCUCAGGGACAAGCGGGCCCCGGGGGUAUGAAGAAUGUACUGGGGGAUACGAAGCUAAUAGGCGCUUAGAUGGUACUUUUCAGGAUCGUGAAACUCGUUUCACUGAAUUCAAACGCAUUAUGAGCCUAAUGGAAAGAGAAUAUUAUGUCAAAAUGAGGAGGGACCUACAGAAAUGGCUAUUAGGUGACUGCUUCCCUGAUGGGAUAUCUGACUCUUAUGAAUCGCGCAAGGCAAGCAGAGAAAAGGGCACCUGCGACUGGAUCCUUGACCGUGCAUGGUUUCUGGAAUGGUCCUCACCCGAACCUCCAGAAGGGCUAGUCAAGGUCCUGUGGAUCAAUGGCCCAGCAGGAUUUGGAAAAUCUGUCCUAGGUGCUAGGAUGUUUGAUCACCUGUCCUCUUCUCUAGAUGGGCCUGUUGCACAUUUCUUCUUUACAUCAGAUUUCGAAAGAAAUAAUCCCUUCGUGAGAACUGGUGCUGAUGACUCAGUGCUUGGCUUCAUGAGAGCCCUGAGACUAGCUGUUGCGAACUCAUCUACACGACUUAUGAUACUCAGUCGAGAUGAACCCGAGAUCCGGACUUGUCUUUCUGAUUACGUCGACGAAGCUUCAGUCUUUGAGUAUAGUAUUACUGCUCAAGACGUUCAGCCAGAUCUGAUGUUAUAUUCCCAACACUUCAUUAAAAGCGCCUGGCGAGGGAAAUCGGAACAGGAAAGGCUCGAUUUAAGCAAAACCCUCACUGACAGGUCAAAUGGACAGUUUCUUUGGAUCAAGUUACAAAUGACGUCCAUGUCACCGUAUGACUGGACAAGUCGAAGGCUCCUUGAGCAAGCAAUCGCGGCAGCGCCAAUGAGGCUUGAGGAUACCUACCAAAGAAACUGGAUCAAAAUCCUGGAGCGUCCUGAGAGAGUUCGAAACCGAGCGAUGUCCUUAUUACGAUGGAUCGUGUUUUCUUUGCGCCCAUUGAAGGUACAGGAGUUGGCAGAAGCCUUACUGAUCAGUGAAGACUGCGAUGACGUGUUGGUGAAUGAGACACCAGACUAUAUUGAUACUGAUUUUGUUAACAAUGGGAUACUUGGUUGCUGUGGAUCGCUUCUUGACAUUCGAAAAAUGGAAGGCGAACAUGGUAUUGGGGUGAGAACUGUGCAUUUGGCUCAUUUCACUGUCAAACAGUACCUUCUUGGCAACUUUUUUGCAAUGGGACGUUUGUCACAGCUCAACAACGCCCUAGAAUGUUUCAUGGAGCUAGAUGAGCACACCUUGCUUGCCAAAAUGUGUCUUCGAUAUUUGAAUUGCUUAGAGGUUUGGCAAGUAAAUCGUUCCUUGGAAGACGGCCCAUCGCUUGGCCUGUUCCUGAAUUAUGCUGCAGAAUCUUGGCACAAGCAUGCUCUUGCUGGUAAUAAAAGGGAUUCGGAUGUCGUGAGACUAGUGAACCAGCUUUUCGAUACAAGGAGGCCAAACUGGAACCUGUGGAGACAACUUUUUGAUAUCAAUGCUAGUUUGAAUCAUGGAAAGCAAUCACGAGGAGGUGAAAGCAAAGGCUCAAGCCCAGUUCAUUACGCAGCACAGCUGGGUUUGGUCGAUACUCUGAGAUUCCUGAUCCAUGAUCGCAAACAUGAUAUUGAUGAGAAAGGGGUAUCAGGACAGACAGCGCUGUUAAUAUCCUGUGAAAGAGGCGAUCUCCUCCUCACUAGAAUCUUACUUGAAAACGGAGCAGACUUUUCAAUUGUGAACGAUGACCUCCGUGCUCCAAUUUGGUGCGCGGCACAGAUUGGCAAUGCUGACAUAGUGAAACUGCUUAUCGAAAGUGGAGCCGAUAUUACAGUGCUGAAUGGCAACAACGGAACGGCAGUCAAUGUUGCCGCAGACCACGGGCAUCUCGAGGUAGUCAAAAUUCUCAUAGAGAAAGGCAUCAACAUAAGAAUUGCGAAUAAACAAGGGUGGACGCCAGUUAUAUCAGCCUCAAGCAAGGGCCAUCUCGAAGUGGUCAGAGUGCUUCUCGAGAAUGGAGCAGAUAUCACAGUUCCAAACAACAACGGAUGGAUAUCAGUUUAUUUGGCUUCGCAAAAUGGUCAUCUCGAAGUAGUCAAGUUACUUCUCCAGAACGGAGCGGACAUCACAGUCACAAGCAAGCAGGGAUGGACGCCAGUUAAUUCAGCCUCACUGAAUGGUCAUCUCGCAGUGGUCAAGCUGCUUAUUGAGAAUAAAGCGGAUAUCACCAUCACAAAUGAUAGCGGGUGCACGCCAGUUCAUUUUGCAGCCUACAACAAUCAUCUCGAAGUACUCAAGCUACUUCUCGAGAACGGAGCGGACAUCACAGUCACAAACAAGCAGGGAUGGACGCCAGUUAAUUCAGCCUCACUGAAUGGUCAUCUCGCAGUGGUCAAGCUGCUUCUUGAGAAUAAAGCGGAUAUCACCAUCACAAAUGAUAGCGGGUACACGCCAGUUCAUUCAGCAGCCUACAACAAUCAUCUCGAAGUACUCAAGCUGCUUCUUGACAAUGGAGCGGAUAUCACAGUCGCAAGUAAUAGUGGAUGGACGCCAGUCCAUUCGGCCUCACUAAACGGCCAUCUCGCAAUGGUCAAGCUGCUUCUUGAGAAUGGAGCAGAUAUCACAGUCACAGAUCAUAUUGGCUGGACAUCAGUUCAUUCUGCAUCUUUUAAUAACCAUCUCAAAGUAGUCGAGCUGCUUCUUGAGAAUGGAGCAAGUAUCACAGUCGCACAUAACGACGGAUGGACGCCAGUCCAUUCGGCCUCGCAAAAUGGUCAUCUCGCAAUGGUCAAGCUGCUUCUUGAGAAUAGAGCAGAUGUCACAGUCACAAACAAGCAGGGAUGGACGCCACUUAGUAUUGCUUGUCGUUAUGGCCAUCUAGAGGUAGCGAAGCUACUUCUUGAGAAGGGAGCAGAUAUCGCAAUCGCUGGCGUUAAUGGAUGGACCCCUCUGAGCCGCGCAUGCGAACAGGGCUAUAUUGAUAUAGUAAAGCUCUUGCUUGAGAACGGCGCGGAUGUCGCAGUAGCCCUUAACGAUAGAAGGACGCCCGUUCAUAUCGCAUCGCAAAAUGGUCAUCUUGAAGUGGUCAAACUACUUUUUGAGAAAGGGGCAGAUAUCGCAAUCGCUGGUAUUCAUGGAUGGACCCCUCUAAACCGUGCAUGCGAGCAGGGACAUAUUGAUGUGGUGAAGUUUUUACUUGAGAACGGCGCGGAUGCCACAGUCGCGAGUAACGACGGAUGGACGCCAGUCCAUUCUGCAACCAGGUAUAAUCAUCUCAAAGCACUCAAGCUGCUUCUCGAGAACGGAGCGGAUAUCACAGUUUCAAGCAACAUGGGACGGACGCCACUUAAUAUCGCUUGUCGUUAUGGCCAUCUAGAGGUAGCGAAGCUACUUCUUGAGAAGGGAGCAGAUGUCACAGUCACAAGCAAGAAGGGAUGGACGCCAAUUAGUGGUGCUUGCCGUUAUGGCCAUCUAGAGGUAGCGAAGCUACUUCUUGAGAAGAGAGCAGAUUUCGCAAUCGCUGGCAUAUAUGGGUGGACCCCUCUAAGCCGCGCGUGCAAACAGGGCUAUGUUGAUAUAGUAAAGCUCUUACUUGAAAACGGCGCGGAUGUCGCAGUAGCAAAUAACGAUGGAAAAACGCCCGUUUAUAUCGCAUCGCACAAUGGUCAUGUUGAAGUGGUCAAACUACUUCUCGAGAACGGAGCGGACAUCACAGCUACAAGCAAGGACGGGAGGACGCCAGUUGAUUCAGCCUCAAAGAAGGGUCAUCUCGAAGUGGUCAAGCUACUUCUAGAUUAUAGGGCAGAUGCCACGAAUAACAAUGGCUGGAUGUCAAGCACUCCAGCCUCACAAAGUGGUCCCUUCGAAGUGGCCAAGCUGCUGCUCGAGAACGAUAAAGACGGCGCCAUGGUGAUGAUAAGCGAUGAAACAGAGGAGCACGGGGAUAACGUUUACACGGAGUCUUAUCACCAUCAAUACCUUGUAUUGGGUCGCUUUCUGCCCACUUUCAUAUCCUAA